AAAUAUUGCAGUCGCGAGCGUGUGGUCGCUGCAACGUGAAUUUUCAAUGAAAAUUUUGCUUGAAAAAAAAAGUUUAUCAAAUAAAUCGCGUCUAAACGAACUCAACCUAGAGGGCUGCCGUGCGACGCAGUGCGACGCCAUGCUUGUAAUAUGAAUAAACAAGUGGGAAAAUACGCCUGUGUCUACGCAGCCGAACGCAUUUUACAUGUACAGUGGUGGCGAAAGUGUACGCAAAGUGACAAAGCAAGAAAAUAAGUAGAUUAUAAGUAUGAAAUGCAAAAUUGUGAUUAUUCUUCCGCAAGUAAGAAAGUGAGAAAAUAAUAAUAUAUAAUACAUAAUAUGUAUAUAAAUGUAUAUAUGUUUAUGCACACAAAGCUAUAGUGAAGAAUGUGCAUUCUAAAAAAAAUACAUAAAAUGAAAAUAAGUGUAUAUAAAUAAAUAUGACUGUGAACUUGUGUGUGGAAGAGUGUCGAAAACUCAAAGGAAAUACACAAUAAGUAUAUAAGAAGGAAAGCAACAAAGAAAAUUUCUAAAACGCAUUCGAGUUACGUGUGAUAAGAACCAAGACAGUUGUGCAAAUAUAAAUACAUACAAACGUGUGCGGUAACUUUCCGCGUAUUACCGUUGUAUCGUUUAUAACGCGGCUCCAGGUAGAUCUACAUUCAACUAAGAAUCAGUGAUUAUAUCAGGGUAGUGCUACCAGAAAGAUGUCUGCUUUAUGCUGUCGCUACAUUUGGCGACUCAGUGUUAUUGCGCUAGGCGCACUCAUCUUCACCAGCGGUGUUUACCUGUUCGCACACUGGAUUGAUAUAUUCACGCGCAUGCGUGGUAAGGAAAUGGCUUUGAGUCCCAAAUCACCCGCAUAUGAAGGUUGGAAAGUUUCACCAUUACCACUUAAUUUUGAUGUAUAUCUAUUCAAUUGGACGAAUCCGGAAGACUUUUACGUUGGGUCCGGCAAGAAGCCACGUUUCGAGGAGUUGGGUCCAUAUCGGUUUCGAGAAAAACCAGAUAAAGUAAAUAUUGUUUGGCAUGAGCACAAUAAUACUGUAUCAUAUCGCAAAUAUGCUGCAUUCUAUUUCGAUGAAGCGAAUAGUAAAGGAAAACUCACUGAUCGCGUAACCUCAGUAAAUACAGUGGCGCAUGGUGCCGCUUUACAAGCUAUUAAUGGUUCAUACUUUCAAAAGAGUAUAUUGAGAAAUGUUUUAAAAAUGUAUAGAGAAGAAGUAUCAAUUACAAAAACUGCGAAUGAGUGGAUAUUUGCCGGUUAUAGUGAUCCAUUAGUUACAAUGGGCAGUUUUGUAUCUAAAUUUGCUGCAGAUAUUGUGGUGCCAUUCGAUCGAGUAGGCUGGCUGUAUACGCGCAACGACAGUUCAGUAUAUGACGGUCACUUCAAUAUACAUACCGGCGCAGAUGAUCUGAGAAAAAUGGGACAAAUUAACGAAUGGAAUCACAAAACACAAACCGUUUAUGAAGGUGAAUGUGGUCGUGUUAGAGGUUCAAUGGGAGAAUUCUUUCCACCAAAUCUUGUACCGACAGACUCGAUAGAAAUAUUUUUGCAGAAUCUAUGCCGCGCGGUGCCUUUGGAUUACAUUGAGACGGUGAAAAUUCACGGAAUCACCGCGUUCAAAUAUGCCGCUACUGAACGGGCGCUUGACAAUGGUACACUCUAUCCAGAAAUGAAAUGUUUCUGCGUAAAUGGAAAAUGUGAAAAAGCUGGUGUGGUGAAUUUAGGGCCCUGCCAAUAUAACUCGCCUACGUACACAUCAUUUCCACACUUCUACAAAGCCGAUCCUAGUUAUUUGGAAGCAAUCGAAGGGCUGUCACCGGAUCCUUCAAAGCAUGAGUUCUUCAUGACACUGGAACCAAAUGGUGGUGUGCCCAUGGACGUGGGCGGUGGUUUCCAGGCGAAUUAUCUCAUGUCGCCCGUGCCCGGAAUGGCUCCAUUCGAUAAAAUUCCUCGCACAUUUAUGCCGCUCAUGUGGGCCGAAGAGCGCGUACGUGUUACACCGGAGAUCGCCAGCCAAAUCGCCUUGGUACCACUAAUCGUGACACUGGGCCAGGUGGUGACGGGCAUUAUGCUUGCUGUCGGUACACUGCUCAUUUGUUGGUAUCCAACAAAAUAUAUGUCACAACUCUGUCGCGAUCCGAAGAGUAAAAACGCGCUACUCAAUCCAAUUGUCAACAGCACAACCCGUUCGAUAGCGCUAACGCCGCUAAGAAAGCCACAGAAGGAAGUUGUGUCACUGUUGGGCUACAACCAAGGUGGUGAAGUGCUACAAAACGAUGUGCCGUUAAGCGAAAGCUUACUGCGACCCGCAACACCGCGUUCUGAUCUGAUAAGUAGAUAGUAUGUGUUAUAUUUGUUAGUAGGUUCCAUAUGUAGUAGUUUUUUUCUUCAAAUGCUCCUUAUGUGAGCGCCUGCCAUUGUUGAAUGCAACUAGGAGACCAAGCAAUUAUAGCUUAAGUUUCUAGGAAUACAACUCUACUUACUUAUAUAUAUGUAUGUAUGUAAAUAGUGAAAUGCAACCUCAUAAACAGUAAUUAAAGUAAUUUCUAGCAUAUAGACGUUAUUCAUAUGUAAAGUUUAUAUAAAAUAUUUUUUUUUCAACAUUGUCUUUGUCACUUUCGCAAUGGUAUCCAUGUAAUCAAACGACUUUUGUAUAACAAAAUAAUUAUAAGCAAGUAACAAACAAAGGAAAAACACAGCGCAAAAUGACAAUUUAGUGCAUGGAGCCACGAGAAAUAUAGGCCUAUUGUACUGUAUUGCUUUGUAAUUAAUUUUGCAUUUCUUCAAAAACCCUUACGACUCUAAAUUAAAGUAUUGCAUACCUAAAUUGUUAAUUUUUAAAACAAAAAAUAAUUUAUUGGUAUUCAAAAUUUAAAUAGUUUAUAAUCACUUUUCAUGCUCCCUAAUCUCUUAAGCAUCAUGUCUUCAUACAAUAAAUACAUACAAACCUACAUAUUCACAUAUAAGUGAAGCAGUCACUCUCUUCUCUAGUUUGUAAGGCUCAAAAUCAAAAAGUAUUUUCACUUCGAACUCAAAUUGUGUGCCCUUUCUUGAAAUUAAAAACAAAAAGAAACAAAAACAAA